UGCUCUUUUCCUCAUCGUCUCUCUCGAUCCCUCCUCCGUCACCGUCCUCAGUGCUCUAACUCCUUUUGAAUUCCUAAUUUUCCCGCCUAUUUCUCAAACCAAACCACCCCCCCUCUAUCUUCGCCGUCAGACUGUCGGCGGUUCGUCGCCCGAGCGAUCUCGUGUCCAGUCUACUGAGUUCGGGUCGUACAGCUUUCGAGCUCACCGCCACACUCUAGGGUUCCGAGUAGUGCCGUAUUCUUCCUUCUCUGUGGUGCUGCAGGAUGGAGCCUCUGUACGCUAAGCUCUACGACAAGUACACCAAACUGAAGGCGAGGAAAUUCGGUGAGCUGGAGCAGCUCAACAAGGAUCAGGAAGAGAAGUUCAUUAAUUAUAUGGCCGCUGCGGAGGAGUUGAUACAACACCUGAAAGAUGAAAACGACCGUUUGCAUGCGAAAUUAAACGACUUGAUUUCUUCGACUAGGCCUUCUGUGGAUGACCAAAGCUUGGACUACCAGAAGCUUUUGAUGGAAGAAAUCCAUAAGAAUAAAGAACUUUCUCAGGAAGUUGAGAAACUCCAUAAGCUUCAAAAGGAGAGGGUUGAUGGUGAGAGAGGGCAGCUAAAUGACCAUACUUCGCAAAAAAGGUCAGAUAUGUCCGAUGGCCCUAUGACCAGAUCUAGAAAGCGUAGUAGGCCUCCUGAGAGUAGUGGAGAGAUCGUUCUGGUGACUCAAGAAAAUGGCCAACGGGAAGCUGUGCAGGAAGAUUCAGAAAACAUUUCCUUCAAAGAAACCUCAUCCUCUGGUGCCCCUGAAGAGGCUAAGCAGCCACAAUGCUGCACAAGAGCUACUGAAGAACCAGGUGAUUGUACAGAUGAUAAGUCCACUUGCAAGUGCUUGUUUCAAGCGCUCAUUCAAUACACACUGGGCAUGCAAUUUUCAGUUGCUACUCAGGUGGCCGGAAUCUGCAUUUCAGCAUUUCAUGAAUCAAGUGGCUACUCCUUCACUCUAACAUGGGCAGAUAAAGAAGCGUCCGGGGAAGUGGAGCUGAUGUAUACAGUCCAGUCACUGGGAACAUACGAGAGGGUCGCACCAGAAUGGAUGAGAGAGGUCAUCAAAUUCAGUUCAACCAUGUGUCCUAUAUUUUUCAACAGAAUCGCACGGUUUAUUAAUGUACAUCAGUGAGCAUCAGAUGGGGAAAUUGCCCGCCCUCACCAUUCGUAGCUAGCAUUAUGAUAUGUCCUGGGAAAUUGAUAUGAUUUACCAUAGCAUAGUCCGAUUCUUCCUUGUUGUAAAUUGUAACGAACUCUGUUUCAAAACCGAGAUCUGUCUAGCCCUCGGGUUGGAGCCCUCUUCUCAGUUCCUCCCUCUUCUCUUUCGAUCUUAAUAUAAUAUCAUUCGUGAGCCUA